AUGACAUUUGUGCCAUCGCAGGUAGCUGCGUCGGCUUCACUCUUGCCAUGGCCUGCACAAGCUAAGCCUGAGGACAAGGCGACGAUCAAGAAAGCGGCAGAAACGAUGCAUCAGCUGCAGGAUCGGUGGACUCAGCUAGCUAGCAAAGGUGCAGAGGGUGCUAAAGAAAUCCUGGAGGCCUUUAGCGGAGUCUCAUACUCCAGCUUCACGAUCAAAGUCCCUCCUGGUCAAUCUGUGGGUGUUGACAUCGAGGACCGCACGAUCACCUCUGUGAACACCAGGAAGUUGGGAUGGAGUGUUGGUGACACGAUCCAGGAGAUUAAUGGCCAGGAGGCCAAGGAUGAGGAGACUGUCGUCAAUUAUGUGAAGACAGCCAAGCAAGAGGGCAAAGAGCUUGUCUUCAAGGUGCAGCGCCUCUCAGAAUCUCCUUGGGUGAGUCUUGAAAGGGCCCUGACAAAUGCCUAUGCGGACGUCGAUGCAGAGGUCGUUUUGCCUGAACCGGACCAGGUAAGUGACAUGUUCAGGGACCUGAAGAACAAUGUGAAUCUUGCAAAGGAUGAGAUCAUCGAGAUGGCUGUGGUGAAGGUUCGCAUGUACAUGUUGAACUCCGGCGUUGUACGAGCAGAGCCGCUGAAAUUCAAGGAAGAAGGUGUCCGAGACGUUGUUAAGGAUGUCUUCUUGCCUUGGUACAACGCUUAUCGCUUCCUGGUCCAGGAAAUGCUGAUCUAUAGCAAUCUCGUGCGUGCUUUGCCAGAUGGUCAUCCAAUGAAGGCAAAAUCAGUGCAUUUUGUCAUGAUCCCUGAGCCGGACAUGAAGGCUAUCAAUCCUGAGAUUACCCAGGCCGUUAGGCGGAUGCAGAAUGUAGUAGAGCUCGGACGUACCUGCCGCGAACGACGAAAAGUCGGUCUGAAGAUGCCUUUGAAGUCCAUGACCAUCAUGAACAAAGACCAGGGCUUCAUUAAAGAUGUCAAGGCUUUGCAGAAGUAUAUUGAAGAGGAGCUCAAUGUGGUCGAAUUGAACUUCCGGGCCGAUGCUGAGAUCACCUUGUCUGGUACCUUGAACUUCAAGGAACUGGGAAAGCGACUCGGCAAAGACAUGAAAGCAGUAAAGGACGCUGUGACGAACCUUUCCCAGGCUGAACUGGUGGAUUUUGAGAAGACAGGAGAAAUCACCAUUCAAGGGCACAAGUUAGCGGGCGACGAUAUCCAACUGUCACGGAAGCUCAAGGAGAGGCCUUCGUUGAGAAUAUCGAUUGGCAUUUAUAUAGCAUAUUAA